AUGGCGUUGUGGCGCCACUUCUUCUGGCUGGCUGACCAACACGGAUUUCAGACCCCGGUCAUAGCCGAGUUUGGGCCCGGGCGAGCGUCUCUGCCCACUCCGCAAACUCCGGAGGGCCUUGGUAGCACCGAACAUGAUGAAGCAGUGAAUCGACGUUGCGGUAUCCCAUAUGCUGAUACGGUCGAUGCGGAUCGCUUCGCCCUGGAAGGGAAUAGACUGUGGCAGCCCUGGGAGUCCCCACACGUUACAACCGUGUUCUUCCGACGGUCACAGUUUCAGACCUUCUUUCGCUACCUUUGGGAUGGAAGUGGAAUCAAUCAGGCCACGAACACCGCCCGCGAAUCUGCAGCGACCGAUGGAACCGCAGCGAUAGAUCAAGAGAUAAUGAAUCACGAGUUAGAGCAUCGCAUGCCAUCGCCAAGUUUCUCUCGGAUUCUACAAAUAAGCAGUCCGAUCGACUGGUCUAUGGCAAUGUGGGACUGCGGAAUGGGAUCACUUGAAAUGCCUACAGGCAAUCUGGAGGUGGUUGUAACCAUCCCGAAUCAUAACCCAAGACGAAUUUCGCUGCCAAGUGACGAAAUUACCAUCAACAAAUUCUUCGAUGAACUGAAAUUGCGGAGAUUCGUCAUCUACAGCCUGAAUUACCACAGGGUGUCUGGAGAGCCAAGCUUUUAUAUCUGGCAUCUGACACACCCAUGGGAAACUGUUCAGGCCAAAUUGACUGAGGAGAAUGUGCAAGAGUAUACGGCAUCCGACGGAAAUCGACUCAAAAGGAGAAGAAGAGGGAUUGCUGAAACAAUAGAUGACAUUGCCGCGUGGGUGGACGAGUAA